UAGGGAAACCCCUUUUCAAGUAUUAACUUCAAGCACCAAUAGAGCCAGAAUAAACUUUAUAUCUAGAAAAACUCAAAACUGAUUGUGCGGUAAUAUAUUUUACAUAUAAUAUCAACAUGGGUGAUUUUCCAGCAAUGCUUGAGUUAAAUGUUGGUGGUGUUCACUAUACAACAAAAUUAAAGACAUUGCUAAGUGAGCCAAAUACACUCUUAUAUGAGAUGUUUACAGGAAAUCCAAGCGAUAUAAUUAAAGAUGCCAAAGGACGUUAUUUUAUCGAUCGUGAUGGUGUUUUAUUUCGUUACAUAUUGGAUUAUUUAAGGGACUCUGCCAUAUCAUUACCCGAAGGCUUUCGUGAAAAGGAGCGCUUAAAGCAAGAGGCAGAACAUUUUCGAUUAGCUGGCUUGACGAAAACGCUAAAUCAAUUGACUGAAAAUCGACCACCAGGAUGCAUAACUGUCGGAUAUCGUGGCAGUUUCCAAUUUGGCAAGGAUGGUUUAGCGGAUGUAAAAUUCAGAAAAUUAUCUCGUUUGCUUAUCUGUGGACGUGUUGCUCUAUGUCGUGAAGUAUUUGGUGACACAUUAAAUGAGUCACGUGAUCCAGAUCAUGGCGGUCCAGAUCGCUAUACCUCACGAUUCUUUUUAAAGCAUACAUUCAUUGAACAAGCAUUUGAUGAUCUUCAAAAAAGCGGAUUUCGACUAGCUGGAAGCUGUGGCUCUGGAACAUCUGGAUCAUCAACAGAUCUCAAACCAGGUGUUGAUUCUGAAGAAAAUCGAUGGAAUCACUACAAUGAAUUCGUAUUCAUCCGCGAUUAAAUUUGAAAAAUUGUAAUUCAUCACUUUCCUUUUUCAUUUGCGAGUUUAUUGAAAAAAAAAAACAUGAAGACGAAAUUCUCGAGCAGCUAACUUUAUGCUUGAUCAUAGUCAUCAAAAUCAUUCAGCACUUACUUUACUCACACAGUGACAAUUUCAUUAAGAAGAAAAAAGGGAAAGGAAAAACAUAAAAAAUAUAUAUAUAUAUUUUUUCUUACAUGCCAUUACGUUAUUAUUAUUGAUGUUCACCCUUCUUUGAACCAAGAAAAAAUCAUCCCAAUUGAGAGGGUGGCAUGUCUCACACCAUGUAAAAAGAAUGAAAUGUUUCGUUUUUUAUUCACCAUUGUCAUUAUCAUUUCGAGUCGUCGAGAGACCAUUCACAGAGAUUCAAUAAGAAAAAAAUAAUGAAAGGCAAGAAAAGCAACAGUUUUCAAACAAUGUGUAUGAAAGGAAGAAAAAAAAAGGAAGAAGAGAAGAGAAAAAAUAUACAUGGAAGAAGAAUGAAGAAUAGCAUAGAAAGAAGGCAGAAAACAAAACUUUUCUUUCACUUCCAACAUCUACUUGUAUUAUUUUAUUUUUAAUCAUCAUCAAAGGAAGUAGACAAGACAACUUCAUCAUUUUAUCAUUGAGCAGCACACUAUUAAAUGAAAUCAACCAUCUUCUUAAUAUCAGAAUACAGCAAGAAAAAAAAAAUUUCAGUAGUUGUACAAUAGUGAAUAUACAUUAAAUAAAUCAGAAAAAAAUGAAGUGAUGUGAACGUGGAAACAUAAGAGUUAAUAAAAAUAUUUAAUAAUCCAAGGGGAAUGAAUCCAAAAUUCUCUAAAGCAUUUAAUAAAGUUAAUUGAAUGAUUUGAAAUCAAAAAUGAACCUUUUAAAGGUAAUUAAAUAUUUGUGGAAUCAACACUUUUAGAAACUUUCUCAAAGUUUCAAGAAAUUCUGAAAAUUUCAAGGUAUUUUUGGGAAAUUUUUAGAACUUAGGAAAUUUUAAGAGAUUUUAGGAAGUUUCUUAAGUGAGCACGAUUCAAGUAGAACAGAAUAAGUGAAAGUUUAGGAAAGUUCUAACGAAAAUGGUGAAGCAGCUAUUUCGGAUCAUUAGGUAAAAAGCUUUUUCAAAAGAACCAAUUUUUACCAUGAUUGAAUAUCGUGAGCCCAACUAUCCUACUUUUUUUUAAAUUUGUGUAAGAAAGUAAAACUUUAAAUUGGAAAUUUUUGACUUUUAAAUCAUAAAUCAUAACUUAUUAAAUAUUUUAUGAGAAAAAUCAAAUCAAUCUAUCCCUCUUAGUUAAUAAUAAAAAAUUGCAAUGAUUAAAAAAAUUGAUUUAUAAUAUUACCAAAAGUAAUGUGUAUGUAUUUCAAACAAUAUAAUAAAUUUAAAGAAGAAAAAAAAAAUUAUAUUUGUUAGGGGCUAUGGCGAAUUGAUUUAAUUAUGAAUGAGAAACAAAAAACAAAAAAAAGUUUUGAAAUCAAAACCCUCGAAAAGAAAGAAAUUUUUUAUUUGAUUUUAAAUUAUUUUUUCUCAAAUUUGCUUCCCACUUUUUUUCAUUAUUUUUCUUUUGUAAAAAACGAAAAAGUAAAAAUAUAAUAAGGAAAGACCAUUUUCAUUCUGAAAUUACGGAAAUAAAAUUUUAUUAUGUCGCAAACGAGGGACUGUGAUAAUGAAAAGUGUUAAAUCAACUUUCCGAAGAAUGAAUGUGAAUGAAUGACGUAAAAAAAAGAUUAGAACCGAAAUAAAGGAAUGAUUAAUUAUUUAAUAAUAAAAUCACGACAUUUCCGAACAAGUAUAAAAAUAUUUAUUUCUAUUGAGGGAGGAAGCUGGUGACACAACCAAGAAAAAAGAAAAUAUAAAUAAUAUAAGAUAAAAAUUGAGAAAAAAAAAUUACGACUUGAGUGAAUCUCUUAAAAUAUUUUAUAUAUAAUUUUAUUUGUCUUUUCACUGUUAUUUAAAGAAGAAAAAAGAAUUCAUGAGAAAUGAAGAAUAAAAAUUUCAAUGUCGAUAGAA